AUGUUGAUAUAUAAAGGCAAAGGUACAGUUGAAGACAGUAGAGGUGUAACAUUUGGAAUUGUUGCUAAGCUUAUGGAGCCAUACUUAGGAAAAGGUCAUACAGUAUAUAUGGACAACUUUUACCUGUGUGUACCUUUAGCUCAAUUUUUAUUUGAAAAUCAAACUAUGGUUGUUGGUACAUUGAGAAAAAACAGAAAAGAUAAUCCCAAAGAUACUUUGAAUGCUAAAUUGAGAAAAGGUGAAGUAGCUCAUGUCCAGAAAGGCAAUAUUCACGUAAUUAAGUAUAAUGAUAAAAGAGAUGUGUGCAUGAUUUCCACCAAACAGAAACUGGAUUUUGUAGAAGUCACAGACAGAUUUGGACGGAAAAAAAUGAAACCUAAUAUUAUUGUUGAUUACAAUAAUAAUAUGUCUGGUAUUGACAGGGCUGAUCAAAUGAUCAGCUACUAUCCUACACCUAGAAAAUGUUUACGAUGGUAUAUAAAAGUUUUUUUUCACCUCAUGGAUAUGUGCUUAUGGAAUGGAAAUCUAUUGUAUAAUACGAACGUUAAAAAUAUGGCUCAUUUAGAAUUCAGAAAAUGUGUUGCAAGUUAUCUUAUUGGUAUUUCAUAUAAUCAACGUGUAGUUAAUAAUAGACCAUCACAGAAAACGCAUAAUCUUAUGAAAGUAAAUAUUAGAAAAAGAUGUAGAGUUUGUCAUCAGAAUAAACUGCGAAAAAAUACUGCUUUUGUUUGUGAUACAUGCAAGGACGAUAAAGGGAACACAAUCGGUUUAUGUCCUGAUCCUUGUUUCAAAAUUUAUCAUUUAUAA